AUGCUGGAAACCUACAAGAACCUCAUUUCUAUAGGAUACAUUUGGGAAGACCAUAACACUGAAGAACUUUGGCAAUGUUCUAAAAGACAUGCAAGAUGCAAACUAAAACACACGGGAAAUAAACCCUAUGAAUAUAGUCAAGGUGAUAAAGACUUUGCCUAUUCACGUGAAACUGAACUUCAAAAGCAUAAAAGAAUACAUACUGGAGACAAACCCUAUGAAUGUAAUCUGUGUGGUAAGGCCUUUGCAUGUUACAGUGAUCUUCAAAGCCAUAAAAGAACACAUACUGGAGAGAAACAUUAUGAAUGUAACCAAUGUGGUAAGGCCUUUGCACAAAACAGUCAUCUUCAAAGGCAUAAAAGAACACAUACUGGAGAGAAACCCUAUGAAUGUAAUCAGUGUAAUAAGGCCUUUGCAUGUCACAGUGAUCUUCAAAGGCAGAAAAGAACACAUACUGGAGAGAAACCCUAUAAAUGUAAUCAGUGUGGUAAGGACUUUGCACAACACAGUAAUCUUCAAGUGCAUAAAAGAAUACAUACUGGAGAGAAACCCUAUGGAUGUAAUCAGUGUUGUAAGGCCUUUGCACGUCAUAGUCAUUUUCAAGUGCAUAAAAGAAUACAUACUGGAGAGAAACCCUAUGAAUGUAAUCAGUGCGGUAAGGCCUUUGCUGAAAACAGUACUCUUCAAAAGCAUAAAAGAACACAUACUGGAGAAAAACCUUAUGAAUGUAAUCAGUGUGGUAAGGCCUUUGCACAUCACAGUUAUCUUCAAUUGCAUAUAAGAACACAUACUGGAGAAAAAUCAUAUGAAUGUAAUCAGUGUGGUAAGGCCUUUGCAGCUCAGAGUAGUCUUCAAAAGCAUAAAAGUACACAUACUGGAAACAAACUUUAUAAAUGUAAUCAGUGUUUUAAGGCCUUUGCAUGUCACAGCAAUCUUCAAAGGCAUAAAAGAAUACAUACUGGAGAGAAACCAUAUGAAUGUAAUCAGUGUUGUAAGGCCUUUGCAUGUCACAGCGAUCUUCAAAGGCAUAAAAGAAUACAUACUGGAGAGAAACCCUAUGAAUGUAAUCAGUGUGGUAAGGCCUUUACACGUCACAGUCAUCUUCAAGUACAUAAAAGAACACAUACUGGAGAGAAACCCUAUGAAUGUAAUCAAUGUGGUAAGGCCUUUGCUGAAACCAGUACUCUUCAAAAGCAUAAAAGAACACAUACCGGAGAGAAACCAUAUGAAUGUAAUCAGUGUGGUAAGGCCUUUGCAACUCAGAGUAGUCUUCAAAAGCAUAAAAAUACACAUACUGGAAACAAAUCUUAUGAAUGUAAUCAGUGUUGUAAGGCCUUUGCAUGUCACAGCGAUCUUCAAAGGCAUAAAAGAAUACAUACUGGAGAGAAACCUUAUGAAUGUAAUCAGUGUUGUAAGGCCUUUGCAUGUCACAGCGAUCUUCAAAGGCAUAAAAGAAUACAUACUGGAGAGAAACCCUAUGAAUGUAAUCAGUGUGGUAAGGCCUUUGCACGUCACAGUCAUCUUCAAGUGCAUAAAGGAACACAUACUAGAGAGAUUCCUUAUGAAUGUAAUCAGUGUGGUAAGGCCUUUGCAACUCAGAGUAGUCUUCAAAAGCAUAAAAAUACACAUACUGGAAACAAACCUUAUAAAUGUAAUCAGUGUUGUAAGGCCUUUGCAUGUCACAGCGAUCUUCAAAGGCAUAAAAGAAUACAUACUGGAGAGAAACCUUAUGAAUGUAAUCAGUGUUGUAAGGCCUUCGCAUGUCACAGCGAUCUUCAAAGGCAUAAAAGAAUACAUACUGGAGAGAAACCCUAUGAAUGUAAUCAGUGUGGUAAGGCCUUUACACGUCACAGUCAUCUUCAUGUGCAUAAAAGAACACAUACUGGAGAGAAACCCUAUGAAUGUAAUCAAUGUGGUAAGGCCUUUGCUGAAACCAGUACUCUUCAAAAGCAUAAAAGAACACAUACUGGAGAAAAACCUUAUGAAUGUAAUCAGUGUGGUAAGGCCUUUGCACAUCACAGUUAUCUUCAAUUGCAUAAAAGAACUCAUACUGGAGAGAAACUCUAUGAAUGUAAUCAGUGUGGUAAGGCCUUUGCACGUCACAGUCAUCUUCAAGUGCAUAAAGGAACACAUACUUGA